AUGGGUUUUGAUCAUGAAGCUUGUAACACUGGCCUUGGACUCAGCCUAGGUUGUCAAGCUAAUCCAGAUCAUCAUACAAAUUUGCAGGCUUUCGAUCUCGAUCACCAAAAGAAGAAGAAAAUACAGUUGAAAUACGAUCACCUAUUGCCGGCUCUAACCCUAGGUCCAUCAUCCGGGGAUUCGAAGAUUGAGGCCGCCGAAUCAGAUGAUCAUUUGCACCAAGUAGUACAUGUGCAAGCACAAGAACAGAUAUCACUACUUACUUCAUCAAGAGUAAGCGAUGAAUUAUAUGAUCAAGAUCAUGAGGGCAGUCCCAGAAAGAAACUCAGACUUACAAAAGAACAAUCUUCCACUUUAGAAGACAGCUUCAGAGAACACACUACUCUCAUUCCAAAACAAAAGCAAGAACUAGCAAGAAAGCUAAAUCUACGCCCGCGACAAGUUGAAGUCUGGUUCCAAAACAGGAGGGCCAGGACCAAGCUGAAGCAAACAGAAGCAGAUUUCGAGUUGUUGAAGCAAUGUUGUGAAACAUUGAAAGAAGAGAACAGAAGGCUACACAAGGAGCUGCAAGAGCUCAAAUCAAUGAAACAAACAGCAACAGCAGCAGCACCCUUUUACAUGCAGUUUCCAACUGCCACUCUCACCAUGUGUCCCUCCUGUGAGAAAAUCUGCAACGGCGGCGAUCAUCAUAAUCAUAAUCAUAACAACGGGUCAUCGACGAGUCCAUUCUUAAUCGGAUCGAAUAAGACUCACUUGAUCUUCAACCCCUACAGUACUCAUCCAUCUACAGCUUGCUAGUCUGCUGCCAAAUUAAUUAAGGCCAGAUUAUCACUAGCUAGCCUUUUUAUUAUGAAGCAACAUGCAUAGUUCGAAUUAAUUUGUACAGGAUGAAAUUUAACUGUAGAGGUUAAUUCAUUUCUGUCUCUUAUUUACGAAUAUUAAUUUGUACAUAUAUAUAAUUCUGCGUUUUUAGCUAGUCAUCUCAUCAUGUGAAGGAUCGUUAUUUUUUUGCGUCUUUUCCAAUGACAAAUCUAGCUAGGUUAACUUUGCACGUAAUGUCAUUGUUAUGUAUGGACAAUUUGUCGAUCAUAAUUAAUAAUAUGGUUUAAUGUGAGUA